GAGGAAACGGCGAGUCGGCCGCUGGGAGGCGCGCGCGCGCGGGGGAUUGUGGGAUCGCGGCGGUGAAGGGAGGAAAAAAAAAGUGGAGCGCGAGCCAGCGAAAGAGCCGCCCCCCUCCCUCCCUCCUUCUUCCUUCCUUCCUUCCUUCGCAAGAGAAGAAGAAGAAGAAGAAGACUGGGGCAGGACGAAGGGGGCUCGAGCCCGCAAGCCAUGUUCUGGAAGUUUGACCUCCACACGACCUCUCAUAUUGACACCCUUUUGGAGCGUGGCAACGUGACCCUCUUUGAGCUUCUGGAUGAGGAGGAUGUGCUGCAGGAGUGCAAGGUGGUCAACCGCAAGCUGGUGGACUUCCUGGUGCAGCCCCAACACAUGGAAGCGCUGGUCACCUGCGUGACAGAGGAGCCUCCUGGAGAUGUGGAUGAGAGAGUGCGCUACAAGUACCCAAGUGUGUCAUGUGAGAUCCUGACAUCAGAUGUCACGCAGAUAAACGACGCAUUGGGUGAGGAUGAGUCUCUCCUGAGGCGCCUGUACAGCUUUCUUCAGACUGGUGGUAUCCUCAACCCACUGCUGGCCAGCUUCUUCAGCAAAGUCAUGGGAAUUCUUAUCAAUCGCAAGACUGAUCAGAUAGUUGCCUUCCUGCGGAAGAAGGAUGACUUUGUCAAUCUGCUGCUAUGCCACAUCGGUACCUCAGCCAUCAUGGACCUCCUGUUGCGCCUCCUCACCUGUGUGGAGCAGCCACAGCUCAGGCAAGAUGUAUUCAAUUGGCUUAAUGAGGAGAAAAUUGUGCAGAGGCUCAUUGGGAUGAUCCACCCUUCAAAAGAUGACAAUCAACAUUCCAACGCUUCACAGUCCUUGUGUGAUAUCAUCCGUCUGAGCCGUGAGCAAAUGAUUCAAAUCCAGGACAGUCCCGAACCAGACCAGCUUCUGGCUACUCUUGAGAAGCAGGAGACUAUUGAGCAGCUGCUAAGCAAUAUGCUGGAUGGAGAACAGAGUGAAUCUGUCAUUGUCAAUGGGAUCCAGGUCUUGCUGACUCUGUUGGAACCACGCAGACCCAGGACAGAGCUGGGCGGCAUGGGAGGCUUUUACUGUAACAUGGAGGGGCAGAUGGAGAUGUCUGGCCCCAACUGUGAAGUGGCUUCUAGCCAGGCAAGUCAGGGCACUCUGCUCGCUAUCAAACAACGUCUCAGGGAGCUUCACCGGCUGCUCCUUGACCCACCAAAGAAAGACCCCCUGCAGACAACAUGGGGAAUCUUGGACCCUCCGUUAGGAAACACACGUCUCCAUGUUGUGAAGCUGCUGGCCAGCUCACUGGGUACCAACAAUGCAGCCCUGCAGAAUGAAAUUAUAGAGCUUGGUGCCCUUGACACAAUGUUGGACCUUUACUUCAAGUACACGUACAACAAUUUCUUACAUGCUCAGGUGGAGGCAUGCCUUAGCAGUGUCUUCAGCUCCCAUGCUGUGGAUGAGACCAUUGAAAACCAUGCUGAUUCCCUCCCAGAGAACCCUGUCAUCCAACAUUUGCUGCAGAAGUGUCGCUUAAUCCAAAGAAUCUUGUCUGCCUGGGAAGAAAAUGAACGAUCACAAUUGGAUGGGGGCAGGCGCAAGGGCUAUAUGGGACAUCUCACCCGCAUUGCCAAUGCUUUAGCACAAGGGUCGGAAAAGUGGCCGCACUCUACUCUAGUCAAGCAGCUAUUGAAAGAAUUACCUGAGGAAGAACAAGAGCAAUGGGAGAAGUUUGUGUCAGGGCCCUUGUCAGAAACAAACAAGAAGAACACCGUGGAUCUUGUUAACAUGCACAACCUCCAUUCAUCAAGUGACGAUGAAGAGAAUGACCUCAAGGAGUUCAGCUUCCCUCAGGAGGCUGUCCUACAGCAGGCCUUUGUGGAUUAUCAGUUGCAGCAGAUGACUUCAGCAUUUAUUGAUCACUUUGGCUUUAAUGAUGAGGAAUUUGGCGAGCAGGAAGAGAAUGUGAACGCUCACUUCCGACAGCUGAAAAGUGCCCCCUUCGACAAGACGGCCAACAUCACCUUUUCCUUGAAUGCAGAUGAUGACAGUCCCAACUCCAACCUUUUUGAUAUCUGCUACAAAGAGCGGAUCCAACAGUUUGAUGAUGACGAAGAGGCUGAUGGUUCUGACGGGGAGGACAUCUGGCAGGAGAAGGAGGCUGCUGUCUCUUCUGGCUUGGUCCAGGCAACAGCUGUCAGAAGCCUUGGCAGUACAGAUAGUGAGGACAGCGAAGACUCAGAAGAAGGAGAAGGGGGCGAGGAAGAUCCUGGCGGGGGAGAUGGAGGUGCCAUCCAUGUUAGCAAUGGCUGUGGUGAACAAACAGAGCUAGAGAGAACGUUAGAAGAUCACGGCUGGGCAGACAGCUCCUCCGAUCCUUCCUCGGGAUCACAACCUGUAGCAGCAGAUACAGGAGCAGCAGUGUGGGACAAGUCCAGCUCAGAGACCUCCCACACAACCACAGAUGAAAACUGGGCCUCAUUUACAGAGCCCCCAACACAAGAGAGUCCCUCCAAAGCACUUACGAGCGCUGAUUCCCCUGCCGAUUCCGCUCAGGAAGCAACGCAAAGCAAUGUAUCCCCAGAAGGAACAGCUUCUAGUGUUCAACAGGAUCUUCCUACUCCAGACACAGGCCCCCCAGAAGGAAGUGAUCCACCAAAUCCCUCCACCAUGAAAACAGUAGCCAGCACAGUAGAACCUCCCCCAACUACCUCCGAUGCCGCCCAACCACUUCAGGGGACGACAGAGACUCUACAACCUGAGCUCAGCUCCCCACAGACAGAACAGCAGCAGCAACCGACGGCCAGAUAAAGCUACUCAGUGGGUCUCGUCACUGGGGAAGGACCACGGCUGCUUGCUCAAUCAAGUCCAUUUUGCCAGGGACGGUCCCCAUCCUUUCGGUGCCUUCAUCCCUGUGGGCAGGUGGGGGGGCACGAAGAGAAAGCAGCAAGGGGCGACGAAAGGCCCGGUUUCUCUCCCUAUCCCACCCAAGCAAUUACUGAAGAAAUCAGGACCUGGUACCAACAAGCACCUGAGAAACAAAAAUGGAUGUGUGUACAAGGGCAACAGCAUCUUCCUCCUUGUGGCAUUGUAGUUGGUGAACCCCAGAAACACUCCGCUGGGGAAGGGAGGGGCAUUCUCGGUCAGAGUCUUUCUCUUUCUCUCUUUAUUCCUGUGGCACAAUGCCUCUUUCUCAACAUCCCUCUCCCUCCAAACUGCUGCUGCACUGAGCAAACCUGUUUGUUUUGAUACAAUUAAAAACGAUGCUUGAAUUAUACCAGAGAUCUUCUGAUGGGAUAUCAGUGAGUGGGGCAGGGAGAAAACCCAUCAAGCAACAUAUCCCUCUGUCUCUCUCUUUCAACUGUUGAGUGCCCCACCUGCAAGCACAAACCUGCCACAUCUUUCCUCUCCACCUUCCCUUCCCCCAUCAUCUGCUUCCCAAAGUUGUCCACAGGGAGGCAGAUGGAGGUCAACCAGAAGCAUUACACAGGGUAAGGAAGAUGGGGCUUUGCUUCACAGGUUGAAAAUGUGCUGCAUUGAGGACUGCUACCUCAAGCUGCAAGGGUUGAGAGAGAAGCAAAGGAUUCGGAGAUUGUAUGAUAGAUACAGGGCUCAUGUGAAAUUUCCCAUCCCCAAAUUUCUGUGCUCACACUCAGUCCCCACGAUUCUGUGGAACUGCUCUCUUAAGAGAACAGUGGAGGCUGGGAGAGCAAAGGCAGAGCAAGCCUUCUGAGGGUGCUGAAUGAAAAUGGUUGCUUCUCCCCACCCCUGGAGCUUCCCCCUAUUUGGUGGAUUUCAGCCAAUAGCUUGGAAAGGCUACUUUGUUGGAAUAUAGCUCUCAAAAUCUGCCAGCCUUGCCAGUUGGUGGAUUGUCAGCAUUGUAGUCCAAAACAGUAACUUCCUAAGUUGUACAAUCCACUCGGUGGGAUUUUUUUUUAAGGAGUGCUUUGUAUGUACGCCAGUGUGAAAUCUGAAUCAACCUUCCUAAAAUUGUUGUCAUUUUGAUUCUCCCUUUUCCCAGCAUUCAUUAACUGAUUGGGAUUUAAGCUUAGUUCCAUCCCAUUCUCUUUCCAGUGGGUUCAGCCUCCCCAUCCAUUCUCUUUCGCCCUGCGUUGGUUGUUUUGCUUACUUGUUAAAGGGCUCAGUAAGUCCACUUUUUCCCACAGAUCUAUGCAUCAGCUGCAUUGGGGUAGAAGUGGAGAGAAGCACAAUAGCCCACUUUCUCAUUCUCUCUCUUGACAUUGAUAUUUUGUGAAAGCCUGUGGGAGGAGACCCUAUUUUGUUUUACAAAUGAUAUAGAUGGCAGUUGAUGGUGUAAAUGGUCCUUAACCCCAGCAGUAUGACUAAUUUCGAAGAGCCCACCAAUUUAUCGCAGGAGUUGAUGGGGAGUCCUGCCCUCCUGUAUUGCUGCCGUGUCACUGCAAGCUGAUAUUCUCCAGCUUUGUUGACGCCAGCUAUCCGUAAACAAACAAAUGUUCUGUGGGAGCAGGAAUUUUCCCUACUUACACUGUCCCUCCCGUAGCAACUUUAUUUAAAAUAAGACUUCUUUCCUCUUGAGGAACUUCAGAAACAGGAAGGCUUCCUUCUUUGGGGAACAGUAUUGGAGAAAAUGCGGGAGGGUCCUUUUUUAGUGCUGGUAGCAUAUUCCAGAAAUAUAACCUCAGUGUUAUCCCUUUUCUCCGCCUCUCCCAUUGAUCCCUGAAUCUGCUUGGGUGGUGUGAGUAUAAUUAAUGGGAGCAAUUAAUUAAAAAACAGACUCUACUCUAGGACUCCAUUUCCGAAAUGAGAUGCAAGAUCCGAACUCAAGUUUCCCAUAUACCCUUUUUCAAAGGCAAGGAGCUCUCAUUCCAGCCCUGUCUGUUGUUACCACAGAUUCUACGCUUGUCAUGAGGCUCCUAGAAAUUGAAUUCCCCAUUACAAGCCCAACCGCCUUUUUCUUUUCUUACCUCAUUCUCCAAGCUGAUGAUGUGUUUGGGCUUUCCGUAGCUCCUUUUUGUAGUCUUUAAAAACAACAUCACAGAAUCACUGCCUCAUCCUUGCCUCUGAAUUUAGAAUUGGGACAAGAGUAUUGGAACGGUUCACUUGAGAACUCCUUGAGAUGUGGGGGGUAAGGAAUCCCAGUGCCUGUGAACCUUGGAAUGGGGGAGAUGGGUGGAACAACUUGUUCUAGGGUUUGCGGAGUUCACAUCCAAGGUGGUAGGAAGAGAGGUUGUGGUCCACAUCCCUCCCUCCUACCUUGCCUCUUUAUUUGCAGGUGGUCAGUAGACGUGUAACCUCUCCUGUGUCUCCCACUCAGCCCCCCCAAAAUAUAAGUGGCAAUAUUUCUUGAAGCUCUUAAACCACAAAGGACAAAAGUGGCCUUUCGCGUUGUCUGCGUCAUGCCAUGUUUGUUAUCAUUAUUUUUUUUCUUUUUUCCCUGUGUGUGUGUACGUGUGUGUUCUGUUUGAAUAAAGAGAUUCUAUGGCCA